AAAAUUUGGCAAAGGACUCGGACAAAGCGGGCUCAUUUUCAACCAAUAACGGGUCGGAUCCGGAUCUAGUAUCUCCAGACAGUAAUGGCAUCCGUUAGCUGUCGGCCCAAGAACCUUUAUUUGUGCCACCAAAGAGGCGCAUUAAUGGCGGAAAUCUCAUUCUCUUGAUCCGAAGCAUCAAAUUCAGCGCUUUCACAAUCUAUGCGAGUAUUCUAAUAUCUGAGGCAUUUGAGCUCCCUUUUGAUUGAAUGCUGAGAAGCGUUGUGCAAAGAUCGAAUUUUUGAAGGAAACAUGAAGAUGUCUUCGAGUAAAGGCCGUCCUGGUGUUAUAACAGUUGCAGUGGGAGGGUUAGCAAUAUUUCUUGUUAUGGCAUCUUUCCUUCUGAGUUUAAACUUUUUCAAUUUGUCCUUUCGAGGAAACUUCACUGCGUCAGAUGGGAAUGAGGAUGUUGUUGUGGAGGAGACCUUAUCUUCCUCCGAGGAGGAGAGGGUUUCAUCUUCCAAUGCCCAAGAAGAAGAUGAUAUUACUGAAGAUUCUGUGAAAUCAUCUACUGAUAGGAAACAAUUCGCGACAAAUGAUAGCUUGGUUUCCUCAAAUGGUACGCCGGUGUUGAAGAUUGAUAGUCCAUCUUCUGGUUUAGAAAAUGAUCCAGUAGCAACUUCUUCAAAUGCGAGAAUGAAAUCUCAUGAGGUGCAAGGGGAUUCGACGUCUGAUUUGGACUUGUCUUCUGAUGACAAAAUAGAAAUUAGGAGUGAUUCUUUAGUACCUCAGAAAAUUAAUGAACUAGUGGAAAUCAAUAAGGAUUUGUUCUCUGGCUUCAAGAAUGAUUCUAAGAAGGAACGCCCGGAAAUACAUAGGAAUAAACCUUCUGGUUUCAAAAUUGAUGCAAUAGCAACUUCUUCAAACGCGAGAAUGAAAUCUCAUGAGAUGCAAAGGGAUUCGACAUCUGAUAUGGAGUUGUCUUCUGAUGACAACAUGGAAAUCAGGAGUGAUGCUUCAGUUUUUAAUGAACUUGUGGAAAUCGAUAAGGAUUUGUCCUCUGGCUUCAAGGAUGACACUAAGAAGGAAAGCUCGGACAUUCAUAAGGGGGAGGCUAUUACUUCUCCCCCGAAAUUAAAAAUUAAAAAAAGGAAGGCUGGCCAGGGGAUAGACAGUUUUGGCAUUUGUUUUGGGUAGUGGGGAGAAGAGAGAGGAGGAGUUCAUGGUUUUCUAUAUUUUUGGGGAGUAUUGUUUGGCUCGGGAACAAUGUCACUAUCUGCUUCGGUACCAUCAUAUGUUGAGAAAGCUUCAUUGUAGAGAGAGAUAAUUAGAUUAUGUUUAUGGAAAAGCAUGUUAUGGGGCUGUAGGGUACCUUGAAAUUAAAGGCAAGUUUUACAAAACAUAUAUAA